AUGAUGCACCUUCUGACUGUUAGGUUUUUGAAGGUAGGUGAUGGGAUAAAUGAUGCACCUUCUUUGGCUCUUGCUGAUGUUGGGAUUGCCAUCCAGAAUGAAACUCAAGAAAAUGCUGCAUCUGAUGUUGCAUCCAUUGUACUUCUUGGCAACAGGCUUUCACAGGUCGUAGAUGCCCUGAAUCUUUCACGAGCAACAAUGGCCAAGGUGUACCAAAAUUUAUCAUGGGCGAUUGCAUAUAACGUUGUUGCCAUUCCUAUUGCAGCCGGAGUACUUCCCCAAUACGAUUUUGCCAUGACUCCUUCACUUCACUUUCAGGUGGACUGAUGGCUUUGAGCUCGGAAUUUCUUGUGACCAACUCAUUGCUUCUACAGCUCCAUAGGUCUGAAACUGAGAGGAACAGAUGGAUAGUUAACGUGUCAACUUGCUUACGAGAUGGCCUGUAUAAAUAAUAGCGAGGUAAUCCACACACCCAGGUAGUGGAAUAAAAAUGAGAAAUGCCUCUCUGUGCUCGUGUUAAUUCCACAGUGCAAGCAUGGGAUGCUUUUCCAGUACUGGGCGAGCAGACAUUUUCAACUCUACCUCCCAGCCAGGACUCCCGUCUGUUUGUCUUUUAUUUCUUUCACGUCACGCAAGUAAAACUAGAUGUUCCGUGCUUCACAUAGCUGAUAACUUGAAAUUUAUGAGAUCAAACACUUGACCAUAAAUUUGCAUGAUAAAAAAAAAAUAGGCUAAACCCAUUAUCCA